AUGUCCAUCCAACAAGCCUACUUCUUUGGUUACAAAUGUGUCUCGGUGGCGAUCAUCAUCCCAUUCCGAAAUCGACAUGAGCACCUGAAACACUGGCUGUACUACCUCCAUCCCAUAUUGCAGCGACAGCAGUUGGACUACGGUGUCUACAUCAUCAACCAGGAUGGAGAGGGAGUGUUCAACCGGGCUAAAUUGAUGAAUGUAGGCUUUGUUGAAGCACUGAAGGAAUAUGAUUAUGACUGCUUUGUCUUCUCUGACAUAGAUCUAGUUCCUAUGGAUGAGCGUAAUCGCUAUAGAUGUUUUCAAAAUCCCAGACACUUGGCUGUGGCUAUGGACAAAUUUAACUUCCAGUUACCCUAUGGUAGCUUCUUUGGUGGGGUUUCUUCAUUGACCAAGAGCCAAUUCUUAAAGAUUAACGGCUUCCCGAAUACUUUCUGGGGCUGGGGUGGUGAGGACGAUGAUAUCUAUCAGCGAGUUAUCUUCCAUGAAAUGUCUAUUUCUCGACCUGACUUGGUGACAGGAAAGUACAAGAUGAUCAAACAUGAGAGAGAUUUACACAACAAGCGUAAUCCAGUGAAUGCUGAUAAACUGAGACACACAAAGUCGACCAUGAAUGAAGAUGGGAUUAAUUCCCUAAACUACACAGUCAAGGAGAUUGUUAAAGAUAUACUGUACACUUGGAUCACUGUGGAUAUUCAAGCCCCGCUCACAGUCUGAUGAUAUGGAUUCGUGACUAAGUCAACACUGGGACUCCAAACUCAAAUACCAUGUUUUGGGAGUGUCAGUAUGCAACCAAGUUUACGUGAGUGUGUAUGUCCAAGUGAAUAUGAGCCUAGCCUAGCUACCUGUGUUCUUUGUAUAUAAUGACAGGCUAGACAUGUAUCACAUGACAUGGAUAACACAGAAGCCAGACAGACACAGAAGUGUGUUUGGUUGGCCAGUGACAUGGUGAAGGGAUUUUAUAUUUCGAUUUUCAUUGAUAUAAUCUUUCUUUUUCUUUACUGUCAAAUGCAAUAACUUUUUUUUUUACAUGACAUUACUGUUACUGUUACAUUACUGUAGACACACUGUGAAUAUGUAAUAUAUUGGAAAUAUGUACAUUGGCAGCAAAAAACCUGUGAAUAGACUUUAAGUUGAAACUUGCAUGAAAUGUUUUAAUUAUUAUUAUUCCAAAAAUAAAAAAUAAAAAAUCCAA